CCCCGGGAGAAGCGGCCAGGACCGGGGACGGGCGCCCGGAGAGGCUCCCGCGGGGCUGCCGGCGGCCCCCGAGCGCCGCGCCGUGCGCCCGACGAGACGGCGGCUCCUUCGCCAGCGCCUCCACCGGGACCCCUGCGCUCUCCUCCCCGCGGCCGGCGGCUCCCAUGGCUCUGAGCAAAGGGCUGCGGCUGCUCUGGAAGCAGGAGCCGGGGCCGAGCGCCCUGCUGGAGGCGCGCGGCCGCCAGGACUGCCUGUUGCUGGAGGCCGGCACCGUGGCGGCGCUCACUCCAGAAGAAAAGGAUGCAAUUAAAGGACAGUAUGAAAAGCUCAUGGAUGCUUAUGGCUGCUUAGGAGAGCUUCAGCUUAAAUGUGGUAACACUCGGCUGCACUUUCUGGUCCUGGUGACAGGCUGUACGUCGGUGGGCAAAAUCCUGGAUGCUGAAGUUUACAAAAUUACUGCAACAGAUUUCUGUCCUCUCCAGGAAGAAACCAAGGAAGACGAGCGCGUUACUGCCUUGAAGAAAAUACUGAACUCUGGGAUGUUCUAUUUCUCCUGGCCUAAUGCAGGCUCAAACUUUGACCUGACUGUGCGGGCUCAGAAGCAGGGUGAUAACAGCUAUGAAUCUGGUAACUCGUUCUUCUGGAACCAGCUAUUGCAUGUGCCCUUCAAACACUACCAGGUGAACUGCUCCGACUGGCUGCUGAAAGUGGUCUGUGGGGUCGUGGACAUUCGCACUGUUUAUGCUUCCCACAAGAAGGCAAAAGCCUGCCUCAUCUCUCGCAUCAGCUGCGAGCGAGCUGGCGUCCGCUUCCACGUCCGGGGGGUCAAUGAUGAUGGACAUGUGUCUAACUUUGUUGAGACAGAGCAGACAAUUUACUUGGAUGAUGAUGUCUCUUCCUUUGUGCAGAUCAGAGGUUCUGUUCCACUGUUUUGGGAGCAGCAAACGGGGCUUCAGGUUGGUUCCCGCCAUUUAAGGCUUAACAGAGGUCUGGAAGCCAAUGCACCUGCCUUUGACAGGCAUAUGAUGCUUCUGAAAGAGCAGUAUGGAAAACAAGUGAUCGUUAACCUUUUGGGAAGCAGAGGAGGAGAGGAGGUGCUCAACAGAGCUUUUAAGAAACUGCUAUGGGCCUCUUCCCAUGCGGAAGACAGUCCCAUGAUAAACUUUGACUACCACCAAUUUGCAAAAGGUGGGAAAACUGAGAAACUGGAAAAUUUGCUGAGGCCUCAGCUGAAGUUGCACUGGGAAGACUUUGGAAUCUUCACAAAGGGCGAGCAUGUAAGUCCACGUCUGCAGACAGGUACUUUUCGAAUGAAUUGCUUGGACUGCCUGGAUCGUUCUAAUAGUGUCCAGUCCUUCGUUGCACAGGAGAUACUGUUUGCUCAAUUAGAGAGCCUUGAUUUGAACUCUAAACCUAUAAUUGAGCGCUUUGUGGAAUCCUACAAGGAGAUGUGGACUCUCAAUGGUCAAAAUCUGAGCAGAGUAUUUAGUGGCAAUCGUGCCCUUGAGGGGAAGAACAAGGUUGGGAAGCUCAAGGAUGGUGCCCGCUCUGUGUCUCGUACCAUCCAGUCAAAUUUCUUUGAUACAGUAAAGCAGGAAGCCAUCGAGUUGUUGCUCAUGGGUGACUUCUACCGUGAGGAAUAUGCAGACAAAGGCAAGAUGCUCAUGGACCAGACUGCACUGCUGGUAACUCCAAGUAUUUUGAAGGCCAUGUCAGAGCGUCAGUUUGAAUUCACAAGCUCCAAGCGUGUUCGUGUUGCCACGGGGACCUGGAAUGUGAAUGGGGGAAAGCAGUUUCGAAGCAACAUCCUUGGUACCAGUGAGCUGACAGACUGGCUGCUGGAUUCUCCCAAGCUCUCAGGAGUUUCAGAAUUUCAAGAUGAUGAUAACUGCCCUCCUGACAUAUUUGCAGUGGGAUUUGAAGAGAUGGUUGAAUUAAGUGCAGGGAACAUUGUGAAUGCCAGUACAACGAAUAGAAAAAUGUGGGGAGAGCAGCUUCAAAAAGCUAUUUCCAGGACUCAUCGCUACAUUCAGCUGACAUCAGCACAGCUUGUUGGUGUUUGUCUUUUCAUCUUUGUACGACCAUAUCAUGUCCCCUUCAUCAGGGAUGUAGCAAUAGACACCGUGAAGACAGGAAUGGGAGGAAAAGCUGGGAAUAAAGGGGCAGUGAGCAUUCGGUUUCAGUUCUAUAGUACCAGUUUCUGCUUUAUAUGCAGUCACUUGACUGCUGGGCAGACUCAGGUGAAAGAGAGGAAUGAAGAUUAUAAAGAAAUCACACAGAAACUCAGCUUCCCAAUGGGGCAGAACAUGUUCUCCCAUGACUAUGUCUUCUGGUGUGGUGAUUUUAACUAUCGCAUUAAUCUAACAUAUGAAGAAGUCUUUUAUUUUCUCAAACGUCAAGACUGGAAGACACUUUUGGAAUUUGAUCAACUACAGCAGCAAAAAUCCAAUGGAAAAAUUUUUAAAGACUUCCAUGAAGGGACUAUUAAUUUUGGACCAACGUAUAAAUAUGACGUUGGCUCGGAGGCUUAUGAUACAAGUGAUAAGUGCAGAACUCCAGCGUGGACUGACAGAGUGCUUUGGUGGAGAAAGAAACUGCCCUUUGAAAAAACAGCUGGAGAGAUCAAUCUUCUGGACAGUGAUCUGAAUGCUGAUACUAAAGUCAGGCACACUUGGACCCCUGGAGCCUUGAUGUACUAUGGGAGAGCAGAGCUGCAAGCAUCUGACCACAGGCCAGUGUUAGCUAUUGUAGAAGUGGAAGUCCAGGAAGUUAAUGAAGCUGCCCGUGACAGUGUUUUCCGAGAAGUGUCAUCUUUCCAGGGACCACUGGAUGCCACAGUAGUGGUGAAUCUGCUAUCACCAACACCUGAAGAGAAGAAUGAAUUUCCUGAAGACUUGCGUACAGAGCUUAUGCAGAUGUUUGAGGAUUAUGGCACUGUUGUUCUGGUCAGGAUCUGUGGAGGUCAAAUGCUGGUGACAUUUGCAGACAGCAAGUCAGCUCUUCGUGUUAUGGAUAUAGAUGGUGCCAAAGUUAGAGGCAGAACAGUGAAAAUCCAGCCCAAGACUAAGGACUGGCUAAAGGGCCUUCAGGAGGAAAUUGCUCGAAAACGAGACAGCGUUGUCCCCAUGUCCCCCACGGCAAACUCCCACCUUCUGGAAGAAAAUUUUGACUUCUCAAGUUUGGACUAUGAAUCAGAAGGUGAUAUAGAGGAUGAAGAUGAUUAUUUAGAGGAUGCUCUGUGUCAAUACCUAGCAGCAGACACAGCAGAAGAUAUGUCGGAGUGCCCUGGACACUGUGCAUCCACAGCUCUUUCAAACAAAUCUGGACAACCCCCCCGCCUGUAUAAAGAUGAUGCUGACCUCGCUGAUUUGAAGCGGGAGCUGGAGGCAAGUGGGGAGCGCAGCCGCCGCAUUCCAAGCAGGUCUCUGUCCAUUCCUACCCGGCCUCGGCCACUCCAGCCACCACAGAGGCCUCCCCCUCCCGCUGGAACAUCAGGCAAGAAGUCCCCCUCAGAUGGUUCCCUCUCUCCAGGAAGCCAAUCCACCUGCUCCAUCCUGGCAACGGCAAAGCUGCUUCCCGGAGCCCCUCAGCAGCCACCCAAAGUCCGGACUGGAAUAAGCAAACCUUACAACGUCAAGCAGAUCAAAACCACCACAGCUGAGGAAGCAGAAGAAGCUAUUAGAUGUCUUAUGGAGGCCAAAGGAGGAGUACAGGAAGAUGCAGUAAAGCCUGUUCCAACCAGAAACCAAACUUCCUCCAAACCCGAGGCUCUUCCCGGCAUCACAAAGUCAGCUUCAUUCCAAGGGUCGCAGGCGGGAGCGGUGCCUGUGCCUCAUCGUCCACCACCCAAAGUUCCAACUCCAAAGAAGCCAGUGCCCCUGCAAAGGACCGGAGCCAAGGGGGAAAACGCCAUGUCUCCAGAAGACCAAUUCGACCAACAGACAGCACAGUCUCCUUUUGGCUUGCUAGAGCCCCAUCUAGAAGCUGGAGCUAUUCUUAGACCAACCAAGAUCACUCCAGUCCCUAAACCCAGAACACAAGCUGGGAAGCCUCAAGAGAGCAGGGGGAGCAGUGAAAGGCAGCCCCUGUCAGCAGGCACAGCUGAGGCCAUGGUGCUGCCUCCCCAGAACGCUCCCUUUGCCCCAAAGGUGCCUCCACGAAGAAAGAAGUCAGCUCCUGCAGCUUUUCAUCUUCAAGUUCUCCAGAGCAGUGACAGCCCCCUUUUUAGUGGGUCACUGUUCAACUCCAACAACAACAACCCUGGGUCCUGCCCUCAGACUCACGUCCCUGUUCACUCAGCCUCUGCCAGCCCGGAAAGCAGCACAACUCAGCCCUUGGCACCAAGUGCUGCAGAACUGAUGGUGAAGCUCCAGGGCCCUUCUGCACCAGCAGGCCAGCAUCCACAACGACUGCAUACCAGCUCCCUUCCAGAGAACACCAGCCUGCUGGACCUGGACAUUCCUUCUUCCUUCCCUCUUUCCACACAGGCACCGCCAGCUACUUCUGCAGCACACGCUUCAGAAAAUUUAAAUUACCCCAAUCAGAAAGAUUUCAGUCACUGGGUUACAUUUAGUGAUGAUGAAGACAGCAGUGCAGUGGCAGAAGGGUUCAACAAAUUGCUUGUCUUAGAACAAAACAAAAAUACCUUUAUGAAAACAAAUAGUGAUUUAGAGUUGUAAAAUUUUACCCUCUUAGUCUUCCAAAAGAAAUCAUAAUUAUGAUGCAAAAUUUAAAAAAAAAAAAUCUUUUUUAUAUUUAAUGAACUGGAUCAUCUGUCCGUGCUACAUUUCAUUUUCACGUUUGAUGAUACGGCCCCUGGAGGGAAGUAUAUAAAAUACAUACAACCUAACAUUACCUACAGCUCAUUUGAAAACUUCCUUAAUCUAAGUUAUUUCUUUUUAUUAAUCCAUCUUAAGAUGUUUUAUUUCAUUUCAGGUAAAAAUCAUAUGUAAGAACAUGUAAUGAUGUACGGAAAAAAAGACAAAAAAAUAAUUUUCCUUUGGAAUAUGUAUUUUAAUCAAUUUCGGUUGUUUGAAAUAAAGCAUCCUUACUUUGAA